AUGCCUCGACCCGGCCUCCCUCCCACCCCCGGAUCUUCAACCGACCUCAAGGCCAAAGACGGUGUGAAUCAGCUCGCCUCGCUCCACCUGGCUUUCGAGCUGCCCCCUCCCGCAAUCCACGACGCCGCGCGUACAUCCCCAGGAAAGCUAUCCCCUGGGUCGUCCGCCCACGCCCACUCCCACAGCCACCACCAGCACAUGAGCCCUCCUUCCUACCCCAUGCAGGCUGCCGAGACGGUCAAGGCACGCCGCAGGUCGUCUGCCGCCACCAAAGAGCCCAAGGACGGCUUUGCCCUGCCGCCGCCGCCGACGCGCUCCCGCAAGAUCAUUCAGAUGAAGCCUCGACAGGAGGAACCCUCCGUGGCCGCCGCAACCGAAGCGCCGACCGCAAAAGAAAGCACCGGGAAGGGAGCCGGCAAGAAGGCGGCGGCGACCAACACCAGCGGGAGCGGAGCGGCGGCCAACAGCACCACAACCAAGGGAGGCAAGAAGCAGCCCAGCGCUACGAGCGCGGCCGGGCGCAAGAUUGCCCGCAAGACGGCGCACAGUCUGAUUGAGAGGCGGCGGCGCAGUAAGAUGAAUGAGGAGUUUGCCGUCCUCAAGAACAUGAUUCCCGCCUGCACUGGCGACAUGCAUAAGCUGGCCAUUCUGCAGGCCUCGAUUGAAUACAUUCGCUACCUCGAAGACUGCGUCUCGCAGCUCAAGGCCCAGCACGGCGGCGAGCAUCGCGGCGACGCCUCCGCCUCGGGCAACCCGCUACCGUCCAUCCGCGAGUUCCACCCGACCUUUCACGGCGAGCCGGCCGCCAAUGGCGACGUGGAGAUGGAAAUGUCCGACUCGGAAGCCGUGUCCCCCACCUUUACCGCCCGACCCGACCACCACUACCAGCAGCAGCACCAUCCGUCUGUGUCGCCGGCGUUGCACCCGCAGGACGCACGCCACCACUCGUACUCGUCGUCGUCGGCCGCCCCGGAGUACCGCCACCACGGCGGCUUCACGCUCUCGGCCACGCCGUCGCCCGCGUUCGGACCCCAGAGGCACGGACCGUACGCGCGCAGCAGCACGUCCACGUCGGCGUCGACGGUGACGAGCCCCGCGCUGAACCCGCAGACCGAGCUCGACCAGGAGGCGACGGCGGCCCUGCUGAUGCUCAACAAUGACAGGCGCGGCACGGCCGUCAGCGCGAGGGGGCUGUCUGUCCGCGACCUGCUGAGUGGGUGA